UGGCGAUCGAGAGCGAUCCUGACUUCAUUACAAGCCUAAUUUAUACGAAAAACAAACGAUAUUUCUGUAAAAUUGGGAUGGCUGACGUAGGAACACUUCAAGAACAAGCUUUGAAGCGAAAAGAACGUCUGAAAAAUCUUCGUAAAAAAACAGCUCAGAAUGAAGAUGAUGAAGAUAGUCUCAAGAGAAAAGCAGAUGAUUCUGGUGAAGAUGAAAUCAAGAAACCUGCCUUCAAGAAUUACAAACCUGAAGAUGAAAGCUUGCAGCAGCAUUUAGUCCCCCAAACAGAGGUUCCUAAAGUUGAGGAGCAGGUACAGGAUCAACUGAAGGCUGCAGUGGCUGAACCAGUCGUAGAAGAAGUUGACAUCACAAAUCUUGCACCAAGGAAACCUGACUGGGAUCUGAAGAGAGAUGUGGCAAAGAAACUUGAAAAGUUGGAAAGGAGAACACAACGAGCUAUCGCAGAACUGAUAAGAGAGAGGUUACAGAACUCUGAAGAGAAUGACAUUGUAUCAGCUUUAACAGCACAUUCAGAGGUGAGCGAAAAGGAGAAAGCUACCUACGACUCAGACUCUGAUUAGAACAUCGGCCACCAAGGACAGACACACUGCUUGAUUACAUCUAAGCAGCUAUGG